AUGCAUCCUGAAAGAAAUCUUAAGCUUUAUGAAUUUUCAUCUAUUGAUCCGAUAUUAUUUUCUCUUCUUGUUUUAGCUUUAGUUUUGGCUGGCUAUACUAACAAGCGUGUUGCCCUUUCGCCAAGUAAUAAUUUGGGGGAGCAUCAGAAUGUUCAUUCAUCAUAUAAAAGUCUUGGCUCAAGUGCGCCAUUGUUAUCAAGACCUCCAUCUUAUGAUGAUGGUGAUAAUGAUGAUAUUGAAGUAGUUCAGAUUUAA